AUGAUCGAUGCUACCGGUCCCAAAUCUCGACGGGAGCGUACCCUGAUCGGCACAGAAUGCGCUGCAUGCGAGGAGCCGCUGGAACACACGUUGCGCGGCGAGCGCAUCCUGCAGCUGUCGUGCGGCCAUGUCGCCCAUGAAGCUUGCUUCUACGAGUUCAUCAAGGAGUUUGAGUCCCAGGAAUGCCCUUCGUGCAACGCUCCAUUGGGGCUCGACACCAGCCGAGGCGGAAAUCUCGACUUUGCAAAACUCAACAACCUCGUCAACAACCGCAGUACAAACAGCCCGGACUUGCGCGCUACAAGAGACUCGGACAAUACUCCCACUCCCUGGGACGACCCACCUCGCCAUACUCACCAAAGCUAUGCCUCUGUCCAAAGUCAAUCGCACCACAACCACAAUUCGCUCCCAAGCCAUGCCCACCACAGCUACAACUCAACUCAGACAGCCAUACUCGACCCGAGCCCGCGUCCACCUACUCAAGCCAGCUUCACUCGCUCUCACCAACACAACAACAGCGUCAACACGCACUUGACCCACAGCAACAGCCAUCAUAAUAGAUCAUCUCGAAAUCGCAGAAUCGAAUAUGACCUUCAGUCCAUCGCCGCCGACGUACCGAGCCCACGACCCAACAUCAAGAACCCAAUACCUGCACCCACAGUCACUGUGCGUACCGAGUUCCCUACGUUGAACCGAAGCCGGCAGCAGCAAAGCCUGACCUGCUUGGUCACGGUCGAAGUCGUUGACGGAAAAUGGCGGCCCGAUCCCGAAGACAUUAUCUCUCCUGCUGCCGACAGCAUCGAUACAAUGUCGAUGCCUCGUUCACCCGAGCCGCAAAAACAACUCGACAUCCCCCAUACGCCUUCUCACGUAUUGGACCGUGUCACUGAAGACCUGCACGCCAAGGUCGACAAUUGGCAUGGUUUGGACUUCUCAAGGUUCGGCAGACUGUUGCUUCAUGGUACCAUCCGCGUAGGCAAAGACCGCCAGUCGUGGCAAGAUCUAGAGUGCUAUCUUUUUACCGAGAUGCUCAUCUGUAUCAAGGAGAAAAAGCCCCAACACCAGUGGGAGACAGCCUCGGAAUCUGCCAAGAUGAGAACCAAGUGCACCCUCAAGGGCUCCAUCCUGAUCAAGAGACACUUGAAGCAGGUUCAGUUCGUCCCUGAACACGACAUACUCACUCUGAAUCUUUCAGUCGCCGAGCUACCGCAUUUCCACCUUCAAUUCCACGAUAGAUCACAAUUGGAUAUCUGGCGCCGCGCUUUGAUCAGCAUCAACAAUCUCGAAACGUCUGAGAGUGACGAGGAUUUGGAAACUUCUGGCACUGACGAGGAAGAUUUGGCUUCAAGAGGAGGAAGACGUUCCUCCAUCCCAUCAUCUUAUGGUGCCGGCAAAUCCGCCUAUACUGCACCCACCGAAUACACCAGCCCUACUUUCCGUGGCACGCAUGGUUUCAGAAUGCCUAUCGCUUUGCACGUUCCAUUGGACAUUGUUGUGGUGAUACCAAUCUCCUCGUCUAUGCAAGGCCUCAAAAUAUCUCUACUUCGCGAUGUCUUGCGGUUUUUGGUCAACAAUCUUGGCGAGCAAGAUCGUAUGGGCCUUGUGACUUAUGGAUCCAGCGGAGGCAGUAUGCCUGUUGUAGGCAUGACAUCCAAGAACUGGAAUGGAUGGUCUAGAGUCUUCGAGGCGAUCAAGCCAAUCGGACAGAAGAGUCUGCGCGCUGAUGUUGUCGAUGGCGCGAACGUAGCCAUGGAUCUUCUGAUGCAGAGAAAGGCGGCGAACCCUAUCUCAGGAAUCAUGCUUAUCAGCGACUCAACAACUUCUGACAUUGAGAGUGUCGAUUUUGUCGUCUCUCGCGCCGAAGCUGCGAAAAUCGCCAUACACUCCUUUGGUCUAGGCCUAACGCACAAGCCCGACACUAUGAUCGAGCUCUCCACCCGCACCAAAGCAACAUAUACAUAUGUCAAGGACUGGAUGAUGCUUCGUGAAUGCGUGGCUGGCUGUCUAGGAUCCUUGCAAAGCGUUUCACAUCAAAACGCCAAGCUCAAACUGCGCCUGCCUGAAGGCUCACCUGCCAAGUUUGUCAAAAUUAGCGGAGCGCUCCAAAUCACAAAGCGUGCCACUGGUCGUGAUGCUGAAGCAUCAUUGGGCGACUUACGCUUUGGUGAUAAGAAAGACAUUCUUGUACAGCUGGCCAUUUCGCCCGAUAACUCAUCUCCCGAACAGGAUUUGCAAGAUCCUUGGGAGACCAUCGUGUCUGGACUAGAGGCUCUAGGCGGACCCCUCGACCAGGACGAUAUGCGACCCGUUUCCGUCGAAGAAGUGCCCCUUAUUCAGGCAGAUCUUGCCUGGGGCGACAUCCUUCGCGAAGGCAAUGUAACUCAGCUGCCUCGUCCGUCACUGCUUGCAAUUACUAUGCUUCCUCCGGUUUCGAAGAAGGCUUCGAUGAGCCGUACAGUAACGCCACCAAUUCCACCGCACCCCUCAGUGGUACAACGACGCAUGGAGCUCCUCACAUCCGACAUGCUCACGCGAGCUUUGACACUGGUCUCACGAGGCCAACACGAGAGAGCUUCUCAUCUUCUCACAGAGACCCGCAGUAUUCUGAAGGGUCUUGGAAAGGGUGGACUACCUCCUCUUCCACCACCUUCAGCGCCACCGACUGCUCGUCUUCCACCUACACCUACAGCAAGCAUCCACAGCAACAGCACGGACUACCCGCCUUCAGGACCACCCACAGGACCUCUUCCACCACCUCCCAUGUCCGCCACCCACCCUCCAGUGUCAAUGGAGCCCAGACGCACUCCCACCCCUCCUCGUCUCGAGCCUUUGAGCCCAUUCAGCCCUGCUGCUGGCAUUGACGCCGACAUCAUGUCAGCACUUGACACCGAGCUUGCUGCAUCGUUAGAGUGGAUCAACCAUCCUGCCGUUUUUGGUCGUGACAGCCGCAAAGCUGUUUUGCAGGCCAUCGGUGUCAUCAGCAGCCAGCGCGGAUUUACUAUGCGUACACCAGCCGAAAGCCUGUGGGCCACACGUGUCCCCGGUACAAGGCGUCUCAACGAUCGCAGCCGCGAAUGGCGCGAGACAGGAGACGAGCUCCUUGCCGAGGAGUCAUAG